AGGCGCCCAGCUUUUUGGGACCACCGCGACGUCGCUUCUUUCACCAGUCUAGCCUCAGGGUUCGUUCCUUGUUGGGGUGCAUAGUUUCGGGGCUUCGGGUUCUCGGCUCCUGUCUUCUUUUUGGGGGGUCACUCUUGCAUCCGUUUUGGACCGGCGCCUGCUUCUGAUUCCGUCAGUGUGGUGUGCUGCCCUGUUCUCGCUGCGUAGGUGGCCACUCAUAUCAUCAGCGGUCAUCAGCCAAAACCCCCCCUUCCAUCCCGCACCAAAAGGAGACCUUGACGUAUUCCACCAAUUCCGGCUGUGCCGCCUGCCCUGCUGAACGCUGCACACUCCCACCCCGAAAAAAAAGCCCCAGAGCUUUCCAUAAUGGCAGCCUCGGUGCUUGCUGCUGCGGCUACGCAGACUUCUCUAGAAGAUCAUCCUCACACCUCGCACUCCGAGCCCAAUCUUCCCGGGCCUGAGCCUUCGCCGCAUCAAUAUCCUACCGACCUUAGCAGCGCGAUCCCCGAAGAAGGCGAUGAGACUGAGAGCGACGCUACCAAUGAGCCUGUCACGCCUGUGAGCGGCCGCCAGUCCCAGGACUUCCACGAAUCCCUCGUCGCCCCCGACGCUCAUCCAAGCGACGACGACGACGUCACCUACGGAUCGAUUGUUGCGCCCGGCAAGCCCCGCGACUCCUUCUCGGCUGCCUCUGCAGUUAGCUCAAAAAGCACACUUAACCUCAACGCUCAUUAUACUCCCGCCCCCCGGGCCAGAAAGAACUCAAUUGCCGAGUCGACUGCCACCACCACCACCGGGCGCCGAUCCAACACUUUCAAACGCGCCAUGUCCGGCAUCUUCAGGCGCACGGCCUCCACGCUGGAGAGAUCCGUACCCGGCCUGAUGGAUCACCACGGAGAUAGUGCGGUUCUAGACCCCCAUCCUCACGACAUGACUCAGCCACGAGAUAUUCCCGGCCGCCGCUUCUCCCUGGCCAGGAGUUCCAACACCACCACGCGGUCAAACACGCCUCCAUCGCCCGGCUCACCGCUAGAGAUGAGCAUCAUGUCCAAGGAACAAGCAUCAAGCCCGACAGUCCCAGGUCCUGACGCCUUCUUCGACAAGAAGAAGAGGGCGACGACAGGUUUGGGCCUCCGAUCACGCGCCAUCAACUUCAUUACCAACAAUGCUUCGCACGACGAGACAAAGCACCUCCGCCGACCCCUCCGUCGCCGUGCUAGCAGUUUCGAUACCUCGAAACGUGAAAAGUCGGCAAAAUCAAGCGCCGCGCACCCGCAGGUUGAGAUGUCAAGAGCGCCUUGGGAAAUUCCUGCCCCAACCGGCACCGGCUUAAAGGCCAGGCGUUUGAGCUUGAGCCUACCCGACGACUUUACCGUCGAUGUCGUCGAUCUUUUGUCCGAAUUCGAGUACCACAACAAACUCCUACGACGCCACGCCACCAUCGGAAAGGGUGGCUCAGCCAAGGUUACCCUCGUAUCACGGAAGGGGCAACCGGACGAAAUCUAUGCUGUCAAGCAGUUCCGAGCAAAGUCAAGUUCAGAAACAACGGAAGAAUACCGCAAGAAGAUUCUAUCCGAAUAUACCGUGUCAAAGAGUCUUCACCACCCGAACAUCGUCGAGACAAUACGCCUAUGUACCCACCAUGGUCUAUAUAGCCACGUGAUGGAGUAUUGCUCCGAGGGCGAUCUCUUUUCCUUGGUCCAGAAGAAGUAUCUUAUGUCAGAAGACAGGGAGAAGGACCGUCUGUGUCUCUUCAAACAGCUAGUACAAGCUGUCAACUACCUCCACUCGAACGGAAUUGCGCACCGCGACAUCAAACUCGAAAACAUUCUGAUUACUUCCGACAGCAAGCUCAAGCUUGCCGAUUUUGGCGUCUCGGAAGUGUUUAGCGGCAGACACCCUGGAGAGAGGGAAGCCGGUGGUCAGUGUGGCCAGGGUAUGGUAGAGGUGCGUCGCUGUGCCGGAGGCUAUCUGGGCAGCUUGCCAUAUGUGCCCCCCGAGAUUCUCGAGAAGGCCACCGACUACGAUCCGCGCGCCGUUGACGUUUGGGGCGUUGCGGUCUGCAUGCUCGCCAUGACAUUUGGCGGCUCCAUCUGGAACCAGGCGACUUUAACUCCCCCCGACGGCUCCAAGCCGGAUGUCUGCUAUGUCCAACUAGCGGAAGGCUGGAGAAAGUGGAACGCAAAACACGCUGGUCAGACUGAUCCAGUCCCUGCGGACACCGACAUGCCACGCGCAAAGUUCAUGGACUUUGCCGUUACCCACAACGGACUCCGUCGCCUCCUGCUCCAGAUGCUUAACCCCAAUCCCGACAAGCGCAUUUCGAUCACCGACGUCUUCAACAGCAGACUCGUCAAGAAUAUCGAGUGCUGCCAACUUGAAAGCUACGAGGAUCCAUCCAAGACGAUUGAUGCCUCCAAGAAGGGAGCCUUCGGAAAAGGCGCACCGCAAAAGAUUUUCUGUCACAAUCACUUGCCCCCCAAGCCACAUCAUGUUGCGGCUGUCAUCGGCAGAACCUGAACGAUCACUACUCUUGUGGCUCAGGAUAAUCUAAUUACGAGUAAUUUCUUCACCUUCGUCGACACCAUGAGAACAACCGUAGCAGAGACGCAAUGCGUGCUCUUUUGUGUUCA